AUGUCUGAAGGUAGCCCCGCCAAAACUACUCCUCCCGCCGCCCGCCCGCAGUUGGGCGGCAUGCGAAGCAGUUCUUAUCUGCAAACCAAUCAACAAUAUCAAGGGCCUCACAAGCCUGAAAGCCAUUUCGGCAUCGAUACCGUGGUCGAAGAUUUGAACAAUGCUAGACUGUCUCCAGCCAAGCCCUUCAGCCCUUUCAACGGCGUGCCGUCCAAGGAGGAGCCACCCCGCAUAGUAGAUGGUGGUAGCCACGACUACACGCACCCGAACUGCUCUCCCGCGAAGGGAGAGAGGAGCAAUCGCCUGAUUGCAACGCUCACAUACAAGGCGACAAGCCCGCGCGCCGCCAAUGUGGUCCCGUCACCUCGGCUGGCAGGCUCAGACUCAGACAUUCCUGCCAAUCUUGCGCCGACGACCGACAUUGAUGAGUUCCCUCUCGAGCCGCCCGGUGCUGGCGAGCCCGAGCCUCUCGAUCAUUUGUAUGGCUCGUACAUCUCCCCGCUAUGCAUAACAUCCUUCCUUCACCUCAUGUCAACUUUUCCCCUCCCGCCGGGAGUUACGGAGAUUACCUCGUCGCAUCGAUGCCUCGACGACCCGGUCCACCCUAACAUUGUGGAACUUACGCUGUCGCCGGCUCCUUCGCUCGAUUACCUGCCCCUGGCAGAUCUCCGGAGACAUGAGUUGAUCUAUCGUUUCGAGCGGGAAUGGAACAUCGACGUGGCGCUUCAGCGCGAUACACUUUGGAGGCGGCACCCUCGGCUCGUAGUCUUUGAUAUGGACUCCACUCUUAUCACACAAGAGGUUAUUGACCUCAUGGCCGCCACGAUCAAGGACCCACCGAAUCUGGCGGAGAAGAUUGCCGACAUCACACAUCGUGCCAUGAAUGGAGAGUUGGAGUUCGAGUCUGCCUUUAAAGAGCGUGUUGCGCUUCUCAAGGGCCUUCCCGAGACAGUUUUUGAGCAACUACACCCUGUUCUCGACGUGACGAAGGGGGUGCCCCAGCUUCUCAAGGCUCUCAAGAGAUUGGGGGUCAAGACUGCUGUAUUCUCAGGCGGAUUCCAACCACUGACGGGAUGGCUUGCCGGGCAGCUCGGCAUUGACUAUGCGUACGCCAACCAGGUGGAGAUCGACAGCGACGGCAGGUUCACCGGCGAAGUCAAGGGUGUCAUUGUUGGAAGAGAGCAGAAGAAGAAGCUUCUCAUCGAGACCGCGGCGAAGGAGGGCAUCGCACUAGAGCAAACCGUCGCCGUAGGUGAUGGUGCGAAUGACCUGUCUAUGCUUGCUACUGCCGGUCUCGGCGUGGCAUGGAACGCUAAGCCUCGCGUGCAGAUGGAGGCCAGCGCAAGGCUCAACGGCGAGUCUAUGACUGACUUGUUGUACCUAUUCGGUUUCACGCGUGAGGAGAUUGAGCUCCUCACUGAAUAG